AACAGUUACUCUCAGACAGAGCGGAGACAGAGACACAGACUCAGAGCAGAGACAGAAACAGACACAGGGUCAACGAUAGGACCAGAACCUGAGUAUGGACAGAAAACACAGUAAGUUAUUGGAGAUGUCUGAGGCCAUCUAUGCUGAGCCAGAUAUGAACAAGAAGGUCAAGUUAGACAGAGGUUUGAUGGAGGAGAGGAUUGUGGAUAUCUACGUCAGUGCAGACACCCUGAGAGACGGUGAGACCAGCACCAAGAGAGAAGAGACAGCAGACACUGCUCCUAAUAAUGAACCAGGAGACCAGCAGUCAGUACAUUUUCAGUGGUGGAAGAGACCCUCUGGAGUUGCUGCCAUGUGUCUGGGGCUGCUGUGUGUUCUCCUACUGGCUGGGAUCAUAGGCCUGUCUGUCCAAUACAGCAACGUCUCAAAGAACUCAUCUGCAGAGAGAGACCAGCUACAGACCAGCUACAACAACCUGACUAAAGAGAGAAACCAGCUACAGACCAGCUACAACAACCUGACUAAAGAGAGAGACCAGAUACAGACCAGUUAUAACAACCUGACUAAAGAGAGAGAUCAGCUACAGACUGAGAGAGAUUUUCUUAGCGGGAGUCUUAACAAUUGCAAACAAACCUGUCCUGCUGGCUGGCAGAAGUUUGAAUCCAUGUGGUACUUCCUGUCUACUGAGACUAAAACCUGGAAGGAGAGCAGAAAGGACUGUCUGGAGAGAGGAGCAGACCUGGUGAUCAUAAACAGUGAUGAGGAACAGAAGUUUCUCAUCAACCUCAAGAAGAGAGUCUGGAUUGGUCUGACUGACUCUGUUAAUGAGGGGACCUGGAAAUGGGUGGACGGCACAACACUGACCACAGGGUACUGGUAUGACCCACAGCCUGAUAGUGGUGGUGGCAAACCAGAAAAUGGUGAGGAGGACUGUGUUGAGAUACGCACAGAUCAGAGUCCUCUGAAGGUGUGGAAUGACUUGUCAUGUGAGAUGAAACUUCACUGGAUUUGUGAGAAAGUGCUUUAACAUCACCAUGACAACAUACUGUAGCACGUACAGCAACCUUCAGUGCACACAACUUUCUCUCUCUCUCUCUCUCUCUCUCUCUCUCUCUCUCUCUCUCUCUCUCUCUCUCUCUCUCUCUCUCUCUCUCUCUCUCUCUCUCUCUCUCUCUCUCUCUCUCUCUCUCUCUCUCUCUCUCUCUCUCUCUCUCUCUCUCUCUCUCUCUCUCUCUCUCUCUCUCUCUCUCUCUCUCUCUCUCUCUCUCUCUCUUUCUCUCUUUCUCUCUCUCUCUCUCUCUCUCUCUCUCUCUCUCUCUCUCUCUCUCUCUCUCUCUCUUUCUCUCUUUCUCUCUUUCUCUCUCGCUCUCAAACCCACACACACGCACACGCAUGUUUUAUUUGUUUGUAUUAGCAUAUUAAUAAAAGUCAAACUUAUUUCCUGA